GAGUAUGAAAAUGCUGAAAAUGUUUCAACUCAGUCAAAAGUUACAAAUAAAAAAGAUAAAAAAAAGAAUCAUCAGGGGAGAGACAAACCUCCCACGGUACCACUAAAAGAUUUUCAAUCUGAAGAUCACAUUAAUAAAAAGACUGAGGAAUUGAGUUCUUCUCAGACUUUUUCACAUGAUGGAGGAUUCUUCAAUAGACUGGAAGAUGAUGUUCAUAAAAUUCUUGUUAGAGAAAAGAGAAGAGAACAGCUUACAGAAUAUAAUGGAACUGAUAAUUGUACAGCUCAUGAACACAACCAGGAGGUGGUUCUAAAAGAUGGAAGAAUUGAAAGACUAAAGUUGGAACUUGAAAGGAAAGAUGCUGAAAUCCAGAAGCUGAAAAAUGUGAUCACUCAAUGGGAGGCAAAAUAUAAAGAAGUAAAGGCAAGAAAUGCACAAUUAUUGAAAAUGCUUCAGGAAGGUGAAAUGAAAGAUAAGGCAGAAAUACUUCUGCAAGUCGAUGAAUCACAGAGUAUCAAGAAUGAACUAACUAUACAGGUGACUUCACUUCAUGCUGCAUUAGAACAAGAAAGAUCUAAAGUGAAAGUAUUACAGGCAGAAUUAGCCAAAUACCAGGGUGGCAGAAAAGGGAAAAGAAACUCUGAAUCUGACCAGUGUAGGUGAUUAUAUUAGCCUUUGAAGUCAACACAAAAGUUAAAACUUUCAGGGUUUUGCAAAAAUGUAUAUAUUUAAUGUUGAACAACUGCUAAACUAUGCAGUUUUUGUUGAAGGAACUAAAAGCAACUAGCUCACUAACAGUCUAUAACUUUACGUUCUUUUGGCUUAAAGUGAAAAGAAAUAUUGAAUUCCAGAAGCACUCAAUGAGUAUUGUUUGCUAUCCAUACUUCUUAUCACUUUAGUUUUUCAUCAGUCAAUAAAAUUCAAUUACUCUUCCA